AGUACGUGCUCUGCAUUCGUCUAUUACGUACGAUUGACAACCUAUAAUUAUUAUCCGUUAUUUUUUUGAGAAAAUAAUCGAUUUUGCAGUGUGAGUAAAACAGAAUGGACGAUAUUGAGAAGGCUAUUGCCAGGGCUGCGAAGUACCGCUACAAGCUGUAUAACAAUACUUACAUUACAAAGGAAAAACGGCUUGAAUUAUGUACCGACAUUGCUGAUAUAGUCAACCUUCGUUUGAAAACUAGAUUAUCAGGAACUGAAGUAAGGGAUAUUUGGUCCAAGUUGCGAAGAAGAUUUUCAAUCAGGAUGACUGAUAAUGAUAUGAUUGUCCAUCAACACUUGAUUUACCUAAAAGAUUAUGUAAUUACCAAAAAUAUCGACAACGUUGACCAACAAUCAGAAAGAAGACAAUGUAGCAAAGAAUGCUAUAAGUAUGCUACUUCCCAAGCGAUGAAGAGUAUUUUGAUAGUAAUAAUCCUAAAGUUGAUAGUGGAUCACCAUCAGCAGAUCGUACAAUUGAUCAUGGAUCACCAUCAGCAGAUGAUCAGUUUCAUAAAAUUAAAACUGAACCACAGAGCGAAGAUGAAGCUUUUGCAAUUAGCGUUAAGCAAGAACCCAAUGGUGAAGAGUACGCUGAUAUACCCACAAUAACUAUCUCUGAUUCCGAUGAUGACAUGGAUUCAAUUCAACUUCAAAGAUCAAUGUCCACUGAAAGGCAGUCUGUUAAACGUAAAAUAGUACAAGAUUUGCAGUCUAUAACAAAAAAAACAACAGAAAAUUUCUCUGCUAAAGGUAAAACCAUCAUGAAUAAGAAACCUAUUAUUAAAGGUACGAAAAGUAGUAGUAAGACUCAAGAUGUUAAAUUUGAUUGUAAUUUCCUAAAAACCAAAACUACGAAGAAAAAUGUGUCCAGUGUUGAGACUGCUUUGCAAAAUUUUCAGUUGUCAGUUAUUCACAUGAAACGCAAACAAACAAUUUCGCAGUAUGCUACUUUAGUAAAUAACCAUUUGAAAAUAUUA